UUGGUAGUACUUAUCGAUAGUUUUUAUCUUAAUGCGGUGUGGUUGGCAACGCCGUGACCUAUUUGAAUUUGUGUUCAAGAUUUUCUUUUCCUAAUAUUUGAAAUUUGUGCAAUGGAAGUUUAUGAAUUUGAUAAGUGUUUGCUUGACCGCUUGGAAGAAUCUAUGGGAGUUUUAUCUUGGAAAGAUGAAGUUAUACCCGCAUCUCAAGUACGUUCCGAGUGGUCAUAUUAUAUUGAACUUCAGAUUGAACCAGCAGGUUGGCAAGCACUAUGGAAGAUUCCUCGAGUGAUAUGUGAAGAAUUAUGUAUUAGAUACCCAACUGUAGUUUUCGGUUACGUGGAGCAAGUUGUUUUUAAAGAUUUGAAAGCUAUAUUUAUUAUCCAAGCAGUUCAAGAUGAAGACAUUCAUAUACCGGAGAAGCACGAAGUUUUCUUGGAAGAUCUAUGGCCUACGAAAGAGCAAGAAAACUCCGAAUUAAACAUUGAACGAACUGCUGAUUGUAUUGAUCGUUUAAGGUUCUUUUAUACUCAUGUUUGGAUGCCAUGGGACAAUGAUAACGAUGACGACCUUAAUUGGGUAGAAAAGCAUUUAGAGUCACGUAUCCGAUUUUGCUAUGACUUGCGUAAAAGAACAAUGAAAAAACCCUUGGCAGCCCAUAUACGUAAAUUGCUUACAGAAUCUAAGUAUUUACAACAACGACGAGAGUACCUAGAACUAGGACUUACUGACGAAGACGAAGCAGACCUCGAAGAAACGAUGGGUAAAACAGAAGUAACUGAUUUAAUGAGAUUGCACUUGCGCCUAGCUAUGAUUCGCAAUGAAAUUGAAUUAUUAGAAAAUCCAGAAAUGAGAAAAAUUUUUCAAGAAAUAAAAUUUCCAGAAGUAAAAUAUUUCAAUAAAAAUGAGCAAAAUGACAUAUCUAGCGAAAGAAAACUUGUACAAAUUUAUUUUGUAAUGACGCCAUGCAUACUUGAUCAACAAAUAUAUUUAAUCCAAAUUGCCAAGAAGAGCAUUCCAAAAGAUGCUUUGGUUCAAACCGUUCCCACAUUGCAGGAAAUUUUAAACACUUGUAAUAAUUAUGACCGUAUUUAUCUUUCACCUGGCCGUCAUACUGUAAAAUUUUUGGAAAAUAUGGCCGAUGGCGGUAGGAUAUGUGGUCUUAUUACAGACAAAGAGAAGUUAACAAAAUCAUCGGAUUACUUUACUAAAGAAAAUGUUUCAAUAUCGUCAUCAGAUGAAGAAAGUGUUCUUUUUGUUUUCGAAAUGUCUUUUACUAUUGAAAAUGUAGUCUUAGACUGUCGCAACGUACAAACUGGAAUUUUAGUAAAAAGUGGAACAUUGCGUCUGCGGAAUUGUAUUUUAAUUGGCGAUGGAAAAACAAAUACUCAACAGGGCAUUAUAUGCCAUAAAGGAACAACAGUUAUUCUUGAAAAAUGCGUCGUAGAACGAUUUGCAACCGGUGUAACUGUAAUGAAUGAGUCAUUGUUACAGUUAAAACAUACAAACGUUUUGAAUUGUAAAAUUGGCAUCGAUUUGAGUGUUCACUCAAAAUGUCACUUUGAUGAUUCUAAAAUAACGAAUUCCCUUAAUAAUGCAAUACAUGUGUCAACAGUCUUCAAACCACAAAACCUUAAUGCCAGGUAUACAAUUUUGAACCAUUUAGAGGAGUGGGCUAAAUACUCUGACGCAACUACACCAUUCAUUGGAGAAUGUCAGUUCAAAGGUUGUAAAGUAAAUGUAUUUGUGCAAAAUAUAUGCAAAAUGAUUAUUUCAAGAGAUACAUUGAAUGUUUUGAGUGCUAAUGAGAAUGGUUUCGAAACCCCUAUUAAUAAGGACCAAACGGCGAAACUGGAAGGUGCCAUCAAGUCAUAUUAACAAAGUUAGGUUUAAUAUUAUACAUAAUUCUUAAUCGACACAAAUUAUAUAUUAACUAAAACAAUAAAUAAAUAUUUGCCCUUAACUUUAUAUUAUAUGGAUGCAUAUAUCAAUAUUUAAAAUCAUAUAUGUACAUACAUAUAUUAAAAUUAUAAAAGAAUAUAAUUAGGGGUGUUGUAGAAUCUUAUAGUUGUCGGAAUCAGAAUUGAAAUCGAUUAAAAAAAUUAAGUAGGUGUCAUGAAUUCAAAUAUUAUUGCUUUGACGUUCGAAACAGAAAUUAUAUCGGUUUUGGGUAUCACGGAAACCAAUUUGAUCGGUUUUGUUAUCAGAAAAAAGCAAAAGUAUAGUCGCUGACAGAUUUGAAAUGUAAGUUAUGAAAUUAAUUUAUAUUAUUGUUACGAUUUAAUAAUAAUAGUUUCUACAUAUAUGGGGAAACGUAAGAAUAAAACACAAAAAGAUAUUUUAAGAGAAUUUACGAAAUUUAACAGUUGAUAAUGUGAUAUAAAUGUAUGCAAGUAAAUGUAAACCAAAUUUAACAUGCGAUUCCCCUGGUGCAUCAAGUAGAUUACUGUGCUCUCUUAAUAUUUCCCUAACCUAAAAGAGCGUAACUCAUUGUAAACUUUAAUAUAGUUUAUUUAGUAUUUUAAAUUAAAAAAAAAAGCUUCCAAAUUUAUUCUUUUGCAAGUUUUGUU